UGUGAACCCGGCAAUAUUCGCCGCUCUUCGUGUCUCUGCUAUCUGGGGCCGCAACUGGUUCGUGUUUUUGAUUGUGCUUACCCCAGGCAUCACGACGAUGAGCUUGUAUGCGUAUAUUAUGUCGCAAGCUCACUAUGAAUUUACCGGGCCUCCUGUUAUCGCUUGCGAACAACGAUUCGACCCUUCUACUGGAAGUCUGUUCGCUGUGUAGGUGCGCGGACGUAUCUAAGGCGCACUUGCUGACAUGAUAUCCAGCUUCUAUCCUGUGAUCAUUGCCGGCUGCGUCACCAUGCAUACACUUUUGCUCAUUCUAACAUGGGCCAAGACCUAUCGACAUUGGCGCCGCGCAAGACAGCUGAAGCUUCCAGUGGUGGUGACAACUUACCUCCUUCGCGAUGGCACCCUAUACUUUUUCAUCAUGUUCGUUGUGAGCCUUAUACAGCUAUUAAUCUACGUCAAAGGUUGGCCCUAUAUAUCAAUCCUCCUGAACGUAAUGCCUCCGAUCCUGGUCAUCCGCUUCCUUUUCAACCUUCGCCAGCACGAAUCCCGUACGGGCAACCUCUCGCUUAGCGAAUCCGGGACACCUCAUGGCUUCUCGAUUCCUUACUUGAGCAGCAUCGAUGUUUUUGGUAACAUCGGUGAGCCCGUCAACGUCGAUCCGGACGAGAACGGAGAGGGGGAGGAGUUACAUGAAAAUGCCCCGCUUGGGACAUUCUUUGACAUCGCAUUAUGGGAGGGUGGUGUUGACGAGACGUCUGUGCAAGGGGAGUUCGCGUUGCGGGCACUAUCCACGCCUCGGAAGCGUAUACCAAUGCAGGCGCAGGCUGCAUUGAGUGUUGGACAUAACAUCAAAUGUGCCGAGACGAUAUCGAUCCAGCAGAAGCGGUUCGGUUUGGUGCCGGGCCCGACCUCUCGUUAUAUCUGGUGCCGCGCACGUAUAUUGCUUACCUCCUGCGCGUGGACGUCGAUGGGACUGGACGACUCGGAAGGUGGAAUCUUAGACAUGUGCCUCCAAUACCGUGACGCUGGGAGCACGAGCAAGACUCGUGUAGAGAUUGUCGACGGGUUGAAUAUGCUCUGCACGCUUGCAUAAAUUAUCUAUUAUAUAGCAUGGCUGGAUCUCUUGUCUCCGGCUGAGAAGCUCUGUAGGGAAGCGAUAUUGUUUAAUACGAGU